CCAGGGCUUCAACCCUGCGCUGCUCCCCCCCAGUGCAGCCACAAGGCUGACAGAGGAUUUGGGACCAAACUCCCUGCGCCCAGCCUGAGCGCAGCACAUGGAUGGGGGCACACAGAGCACAGCUCCGACGCUGAGAUGCCGCCCAUGGGCCGUGCAGGACAUCAGGGGAUGGGGGAUGCAGAGGGACACGGGCUGCUGGGGGCCACGGGGGGGUGAGGACAGCUCAUGUGGGCUCCGCGUGGUUCCUGCAGCCGGAGCAGCGCUGCGGUUGCGCCCGCAUCGCUCUUUUUAUCACCCCCCCCUCCGCCCCCCUUUGUUGUUUUGUCACCUUGCUGUUGUUUGCUCGCACGCAGCCCCUGUCUUUGCCGUCCCCCCACCCUGCUUGCUGCCCUCAGGCCGUCGGGUUCGCAGCAUUUCGUCGUCUUUGCUCGACCGCAACAGCAGAGCGGGGCGGGCAGCGCUGGGGGAGCAAAACUGCCUUCGCUCCUUUGUCCUUUGAAGGUCACUUUGGUGAGAGCCCGAGGCGAGGAUGGCAGUGGGGAGGUGAUGUCCGUCCCCGGAAGGUCUUUGGCACCGCAGCGCUGUGGUUUGCAGUGCUGGGCGCUGGGACUGCCUUCUCCCUCCACCCCGUAGGGGAGGCAGAGGGUCCUUGAGGGGCCACCUCCAGCCCUGAGCAUUGCAGGAGUGGUUAAAAACCCAAAUAUUUGUGUUUUCAGCCCCAAAUGUGAGUCCCACACAGCAAGUGGGUUGGGAGCCGGGGUGCGAUCCUGCAGACCCAGAGCAGGAUGUGAUUCUCAUGGGGACACCGCUGUCCUCACAGGGUCACUGCUGCACUCCUGGGGUCACCACUUCCAUGUGGGGUCACCAUCCUCCUCCUGGAGAGACCACAGCACUUGUGGGGACACCAGGAACCUCAUGGGGACGCUGAGACCCACAUGGGAACACUGAGAACCUCACCAGGGCAUUGAGAUCAUCAUGGGGACAUUGAGACCCACAUGGGGACACAGACCCUCAUGGGGACCCUGAGACCCUCAUGGGGACACUGAGACCCCCAUGGGGACGCUGAGACUCUCAUGGGGACACUGGGACCCUCAUGGGGACAUUGAGACUCAUGGGGACACUGAAACCCUCAUGAGGCCACUGUGACACUUCUGGGGACGUUGAUUCCUUUGUGGGACACCAUAUUCCUUAUACAGACACUCCAUCCCUUACGGGGACAUCCAAGCCGUGUGGGGACACCAGGACCCUCAGAGAGACCCUCCUGGGGACACCGUGGCCCUUAUAGGGAAAAAGUGACUGUGAUGGGGACGUGGUGUCCACGUGGCCAGGAAGCAUUGCUGCCAGGGCCAACGCUUUGAGCAGCGCCCUGCAGAAGGGCUGUGCCGCACCGAUGGCACCGGGGGGUUCCUCCUGCAAUCCAGUGCUGGUGGCCGUGGGGCUGCUGCCGCUGUGCACGGUCCCCGCAGCGCUGCUGGAGCUGUGGCAGCCGGAUCCCGUCCUCUUUGUGGAACCUGGGGCUGCGGUGAGCAUCCGAUGUAUGGCAAAUGAGAGGAUGGAUGGAGCAGGCAAAGUGCUGUGGUACCGACACAGACCCGGAGAGCCGCCCCGACUGCUUCUGAACUGCAUAGAUGAAAGGUGGGAUGUGUUCUCCUGUGAGUAUCAGAAUUCUUUCGCUGUGCUGCACAUCCAGGCUGCUCAGCCCAAGGACGCCGCUCUGUACCUCUGUGCAAACUCCAUCGUCUCCAAGUUGCAGUUCAGCAAUGGCACCGUGCUGCUGGUGGGAGACAGCUGGAGGACCCACAGCUGGGUGCAGGUUCUGGCCACCCGCUGGUCCACUCGGUCCCCCCUCAGCCCAGUCUGUGCUGUGGGUGCCUCUGGUGGCCCCGUCCUCAUCUCCUGGCCGGGGGGGGACCGUCCCCAGCAGGUGCUGGGGCUGGGGAACAGCACAGAGCUGAUGGUCAGCCCUGGGGGGGCUGGGGAGCUCUGUGAGGUUCGCUUCAAUGCUUCCGGGCCCCACAUCCAGAGGAGCACAGAGCUGCAUGAGGCUGUGGGUGGCUGCCCAUUGCCCAGCGCUGUGGGAAUGGCUGUGGCUGGGAUAUUGCUGCUGCUGCUCAGCCUCUGCCUCAGUGCCCGUUGUCUCCUCCCUGCACGGACAGCCCAAUGCUGGGACCGCGUUCCUGUCCCAUCUUCAAGCCAUCAGCCAACGGUCCUGGAGCCUCCAGAAUCACAGGGGGAGCUGCUGUAUGCAGACCUCACCCUAUCCGGACCCACAGCGCCAUGACACCACCAGACCCCAAAGCCAACACCGUGCUGGGGUUUCCCAGCCCGCUUUGCCUAAAGAUGAACAAAUAAAGGCCUUUAAGCUUUAAAAACGGCCCGGCCCACAGCGUGCUGCUCACCUUCCCUCCCCGCACCGCCUCCAAAAUGUCCCCGACGACCCCACGCUUUGCGAGUCCUCCCACCGCCAAGGGGGCGCUGUUCGCUCCUCGCUCUCUCCCGGCCUACAACUCCCGUCGUGCCCCGCGGUCGCUCCACCCCCUUCCCUUCCCUUCCC